GUAUAACCGCCCUCCCUCUACCCGUCAUCCACUGACUUGGUUGGCUGCGCACAAAUUGUUGUCUAGUCAACGCUCAUGGGAUUGACUCCAAACCGGGAUCGCACAUGGGCUGUUCACGUGACUGGGUUUACUUACAAGUCGGCAGGUGACCUAUAGUGCAAAAGCGCAAGGCCCCUUUCCUCUACCUUUCCUCGCAAUCAAGAUGCGAUUCCUAGUCUUGUCGAGCCUGUCAUUUACCCUCUUCUCAACUUCAACUGCUUUCCCGAGCUUACUGAGGGUUUUUCUCGACCUUCAAUUUUCUCCUAGCCAGAAAACUUUAGAGGCUCCAGCAGAAUUUCCGGAGGGAUGGCGCGACCCUAAGAUCGGUGGCGGGAGUAUGAUCGAUAUUGCCACCAAGACUCUUGGCGAACCUCUUAAUGUCAUUGUCUCGGCAAAGUCACACGAUUACGUGCUGACAGAUUGGGGCUUCCGCAACUAUAUGCGCUCGCUGGGAUACAAUGAAGAAUGUAUGAAACAGCAUCGCGGUGGCCAUCAGCAGGCGAAUCUAGGUGAUGGUUUCGGAUACCACCCUCAGCAGCUCCUCUUCCGUCAGCAUUACUUCCCUAUCCUCGGUACUUGCUGGGAGAGCCUUGCUGGCGGACAGCAUUUCCGCGGCUGGAAACAAAACGGCACAGAGGCUAACACAGGCGCCUGGUUCCUAGCAGUUUCGAAGGAGAAAUAUCUUGGCGAGGGCCAUCUUAUCGUAGAUGAUGGUUAUAACAAAGGCCGGGAUUGGUUGGUGGAGAAGGCCGUUGCAGGCAGUCGUUAUCAGGGCCGCUGGUGGAAGGCUGACGUUGAGUGGAAAGAAGGAUUACUAAAACCUGGCUUAGAAGGCAUCAAUCAUAACAUCUCUCAAGACGGAGUCGUUGCUGUUCUAACCGUCAAACAGCUUUGAGUCGUCCUAUCGUGGCCGCUUUCGUCAUCAUUUUCACUCUUGUAUAUUCUGCCAGGUACAUACAUAUAUCUAGUCCGAUGUUACGGACACGCUCUUGUUUCUUUAUUUGUUUUUUGACACUGUGCCAUUUAUUAUGUAUUCCUAUGCCCCCAUGUAGAGGUCAUAUGUAGUCGUGCAAGCUGUUAUCUAGUGACUUUGCCUCCGUC